CAGUCCACCACACCACAUAGCUGUCUAGCCGCGCACUACCACAGGCCGCCACACUCAUUGCUCGCCACCACCACUCUUGCAUCGCAUGCCCGGCGCCGCCCUCUCCACGCAGCUAUCUAGCUAGCUCUAGCUACACAUACCUAACAGCAAAACUGCCCAAGAAUUCAGCCGUAGCGAGAUCAAUCCCGUCCCAUAUAACAGAGGCCAUUGCGAUCUGACCCGAGAGCUUUGUUUGUAGCUAUAGAUAGGCAUGGCGGAUCACCAGGAGAUGAUCCAUCCAGCUGCGGCUGCCGCCGCGGGCGGAGCGAGCCACGGCGGGGACUGGUGGAGCACGGCGGUGUCGUGCUCGCCGGACCAGCCGCCCGGGUUCGGCGCCGGCUUGUCCCCUGCGGGAGCGGCUGACGGCAGCAACAGGUCGAGGUCCGGCAACGCGGCCUCCUCGGAAUCGCCGGGGUCCAACUCGCUCGCCACCGGCGGCAGCUCCAUAACCUUCCAAGAGCCCGCGGGCGUCGCCGAUCCGGGCGCCGUCGUAGUGCCGCAGACGGCGACCGGUCUCGCCGCCGCCUGGAACCAGCCUUACUACUUGGAUGGAUCUGGUUUCCAUGGCUACAUGAGCUCAUCAAGAGGCGAUCAGGUUCACCUCGGCCUGAGGAGCCCCUCAUCGAAUAAUAACAGCCUGAUGCUACAAGACCCCCAUGAUCCCAACCACCAGUUCCUGUCCAACCUUGGACUAGAGCUGCUCUCGUCGCCGACCUCACCGUCCGGCGGUUUCCGGUCGUCGUCGCUGCUGAGAAGCCUCACGGAGCCGUCGGCGGCGGCGACGAAGCCGUCGCUGGGGUUCCAGCAGUAUCAGCAGCAGACGAUGAACCAGGCGCCCAGCAGCAUCAGGGAGGCUCUGCAGUUCACUAACAGCACGCCGUUCUGGAACCCUUCCUCCGGGUUUGCUGCGGCGGCGGCGGCGGAGGGGGCGGCAAGCUUAGGGACUGCCGCCGGACCACCGUCGGGGCAAUCUAAAUCUAGGCCGGCAAGUCUUGCAGCCAAGAGUGCACUAGAAGGUGCCGGGGACUCUAGCUCCAUCAUCACGAAGAAGGCGAACGCCGAUCCUACGCCGCUCAAGAAAGCGAGAACAGGGACACCAUCACCACUGCCGACCUUCAAGGUGAGGAAAGAGAAGCUAGGUGACAGAAUCACAGCACUUCAACAACUAGUCUCCCCUUUUGGAAAGACUGAUACGGCAUCGGUGCUCCAUGAAACCAUCGAGUACAUCAAGUUCCUGCAUCAGCAAGUCGGUUCACUCAGUGCUCCUUACCUAAAGAACAGGCAGCAAGUGCCCCAUUUGAAGGUCUCGAGGGACGGCGGAGAGGCGGCAGCGGCGAAGGGGGACCUCACCGGCCGAGGGCUGUGCCUGGUCCCUAUAUCGAGCACCUUCGCAGUGGCCAGCGAGACCCCGGUCGACUUCUGGUCACCAUUUGGUGCAGCCUUCCGGUAGCAGGCAUCAUAUGAUCCAGGAACUCUGCUUACUGAUAGUUCUACUAAUGAAGUCCUAACUCACAAUUACUAGUGAGCACAUAUAGCACUCCAUUACUGAAGUUAUGUAUAUGUGUAUAUAUGGCUGAAUCUUUGGAAUGGGCCCUUGAAGACUUGGAUUCAUUCUUCAGGUUCAUCAGAGAAUAAGGUGUCAGAUAUAUCUAACUUGGCAAUCAAACUGUAA